GUCCUAAUUAUUUCUUUAAGAUAGAAAAAAAGUGUAUAUUAAACUUAUUUCGAUAUGCUAGAGUCGAUUGUAGAUCCUACUAUAAUAAUAAAACCAUCUAAGAAAUUGACAGAUUUCAUCUUGUACAAUGUAAAAGAUACAGAUGGUGCACCGAAUGGCAUCACGUCCUUGCACAGCAAAUCAAAAAAGGUCAAAAAAGAGAAAAUUGCAAAUGCCACGUUAAAAAUCGAGGAUCUAAGAUGGCUGAACAAGUAUCUAAAAGAAAACAGAAAAACUGCAACGGAAAAAAUCUACCUGCACGAACUUUUCGAUGAUUCCGAUGUGAUAUUACCGACGCCAAAGGAGACGCCACGAAAUCCAGAAUUGGAGGCCAGAAUACAAAAAUUAACGGCGCAACAAAACAACAAAAAAUAUCAGGCAAUGACAAAAAGCAUAGAUUCUGCGCGGAAAUUCCUACCGGAAGAGAGCGUUGCGUAUCAAAUGAAGCAAAUGAAUAAGCAACUGAUCGCCGUCGCACAAUUUGUAUUUUCUGUGAUAGCUGGCUUUGCUUUUGGAUUCAUUGGAAUAGAACUCAUAGUAGGGGAUCUAGACUUCGGGUUUAGAUUACUCCUAGGUAUAAUUUGUGCACUAAUUAUAGCGUUGGCCGAGAUAUAUUUUCUAGCUUUAAAAUUAAAUGAGUAUGGUUUCGAUGUCGCAUCCAAAUCGACAAAAUUACAUCAAGACUAACGUUCCAAUUGCUCCCAGCUGUGUCGUUCCAUUAAUAAAUAUAUGUAUUAUAGCAAAAAUAGUCAUAGGCUAAUAUAAUAUUCACCCGUUUUUUUAUUGUACGACAAGAUUUUCAAGUCUGUUGAUUGGCUACAGGACAAAGAGAUUCUCGGAUCUUUUAUCUCCUACAGCCAAUUAAUACGCUUGAAAAAUUUGUCAUACAACAAAUGUAAUAUCAGCUUUAGGUCGCUAUUUCAUUUGUGCAUUUAAAAAAUGCGUCGUACGACAAAUUUUUCAAGCCUGUUAAUUGACUAGAAUAAAGAGGAUGUCUCUGUCCUGCACACAUUUGUUGUACAACAAAAAUGCACAAAUGAAAUAGCACCCUUAAAAUGCUAAUGAUAUAAAGCAAUAUGCAAGCUAUCUUGCUAACUUUGUAUUGUACAAAAAAUUUUUUAAAUAUACAUCACUUGCCUAUGAUUAUGUAAUACAAGAAUCUGAAAACCUAAA